AUGAGUCAGCGGACAGAACGGCGGGGCAUACACGUGGACCAGUCAGACCUGCUGUGCAAAAAAGGAUGUGGUUACUAUGGAAACGCAGCAUGGCAGGGCUUGUGCUCCAAGUGCUGGAGGGAGGAGUACCAGCGGGUGCGACAGAAGCAGAUCCAGGAAGACUGGGCUUUGGCUGAAAAGUUGCAGAGAGAAGAAGAGGCAGCGUACGCCAGCAGCCAAGUCGUGUCUGCCCCUCAGCCAGGACAUGCCACCCUGGCUCCUUUCUCCAAGUUUGAGGAAAAGAAGACUAACGAGAAGACGCGGAAAGUGACCACUGUGAAGAAGUUCUUCAGCCCCUCAUCGCGCUCCACCUCUAAGAAAGAAAGUUCUGAGACCAGGUCGACCAGUCCGUCCACCAGCCGCCACGCCAGCAUUGAGGCGGAUCAAGUGACCAAGGACUUUGUGGAGUUCUUGAAGAACUUGCAGAGAUCCGGCAGGGAAAUCCAUAAACAGUGCAGAAUCUUCCUGAUGAACAUGUCAACCAAAAAGGACCUGAGCACGGAUGAAAUGUCGGAGUGCGUACAGGAUUUCUACCAGAACAUGACCGACCGCUUGAUGAGCCAUUUCAAAGGCUCUUCUGAGUCCGUGGAGCAGGUGAUGGACCAAGUGGAAAAGUACAUCAUGUCUCGUCUGUAUAAGAGCGUCUUUUGUCCUGAAAUCACAGAUGAUGAGAAGAAAGACUUGGCCGUACAGGAGAGAAUAAGGGCUUUGCACUGGGUAACCAUCCAGAUGCUGUGUGUGUCCAUGGAUGAGGAGAUCCCAGAAGUCUCUGAGAAUGUGGUCAAAGCGAUAACAGAUGUCAUUGAAAUGGAUUCAAAGAAAGUUCCCCGGGAAAAACUGGCGUGCAUCACUCGCUGCAGCAAACACAUCUUCAGCGCCAUCCGGAUCACCAAGAACGAGCCGGCCUCCGCGGACGACUUUCUCCCAGCGCUCAUUUACAUCGUCCUCAAGGCCAACCCUCCCCGACUGCAGUCCAACAUCCAGUACAUCACCCGCUUCUGCAUCCCCAGCAGACUCAUGACCGGAGAGGACGGAUACUACUUCACCAACCUGUGCUGUGCUGUGGCCUUCAUCGAAAAGUUAGACGCUCAAUCCCUCAACCUCUCCCAGGAUGAAUUUGAGCGUUACAUGUCAGGACAAGCUUCCCCGCGAUACAGCACCUCCGAAGGCGAGGGGCUCCACUCCGGGGAGACCAACCCGGUUCUGGUCCAACUCAACCACAAUCUGGAGCUGCUGUCAGGCCUCUGCAGUCGACAGGAAGCUCUAAUGAAGUCUGCCCAGAGCCUCCAGGCGGAUCUGCUCUCCUGGUCGGAGGAUGUACAGCGGGAGGUACAUGACAUCCUGCAGAAAUAUCCGCUGGACAUCCCCUCCACCGUUUCCGCCAUUGAUGCCAACAACAUGGACGACAACCUGCCGUCACCACUCAAACCUCAGGUGUUCGCUGGCUAGACAAGCUGACAGAAGGAGGAAAAACAUUUCAAGUUUUAGUCAAGGUACACCUACUUAAACAGGUGACUUCACCUGAGCGAGCAUGCUGAGCUUCAUAUGAACAUGCAGAAUGAUGGGAAUAAUUUGGGGGUUUCUCCUGCUUACACCAACCAGCGUUUCCCCUGAACCUUUCACUGUGAUUUAGAGUCACUUUACCACAGUCAAAAAUAAAGAUUUCAGUUUUAGUUCACAGAUGGUCUGCACAGAAAUGACUUUGAAUUGCUCGAGGAUUUCAUUCUAAAAAAAAAUAGACCAAUUACAGUAGCAAAUAAAUGGUACAAAUUCUAAAAAUUAAGCUAUGUAGCGUUGUUGGAGCUCCAGUCAACUAAACUUUUUUUUACAUUUCAGUUUCCUGUUCAUAACAAAUCAGCAAACCUAAGAACUUAAAGGUUAUUUUUUUUAUUUAUGACUGUUAUGAUGGAUUUAUAAGGAAGUUAAAGUUAACAACAACAAAAAAUAGCUACCGGCAAUGUCUUAGCUGUAACACAAUGUUGCCAAAAAGUUGGUGCUUUAGGGCGUUGAAACACUAAAAUGAUUUAAAAUGGUCGUCAAUCUUUUGUGGACUUGUUUUUGUUUUUGUUUUUAAUGCUAAAAUGUCUCAUUAACCCGCAGCACAAACUAGCAUAGACACACAGCUAUCGUUCUUUAACAAAAUCUGUUUUAAUAACUAAAAUUACUGAUGAAAGUUAAAUAUGAAAGAAGGCUUCAUCCAAACUAUUAAAUUCCUCGUAUUUGCUGCCUCUCACAAAUCGAUUAACGAGCAGAAAUGAUCAUCUUAAGGUCUGAGAUUAAACGAUUCAUAACAACGUUUAUAAGAAAGUUAGAUAACUGUAUUUAAAAGUCUUAUUUUGACCAUUGCUGCAUCUCAAACUCAGUUGAGAAUGUAAGAAAAAAAAAAUCAUUAAAAUGUGGCACCUGUGGGAUUUGUGCAGCAUUUAACCAAUAUUUACCUUCAUUAGUUGGUCAUUUUUGCUAACAGAUUAGUUAACAUAAUUAGUUAAUAAAUGUUAAUAGUUAAAACCUGCCCUAAAGUAAAUUUCAGUUUGAAAGUAAUUUUAUUUUGCUUUUUGUUUUUUUUCAAGUGCCAACAUAAAUACUGAAGAUGAACUCACAUCUCUCCAUUUUUAAGUUUUAUUCUAUUUGUUUGUAUUUUUCAAACUUUAACAGUAAUUUUCAGCAAAUUUAAACCAUUUAUACUUAAAAAGUGAACAAGAAUGUUGUGUAAACAAAAAAAAAAUACACUUUUGCUGCUUAUAUUUCCCAAACCAAUUAUUAGAUAGUUUGAUUUACUAAUUGAUCAAUCGAUCCAAUAUGAUCACACUUUUGUUUAUUUUUUUAUUUUGUGAAAAAACAUUUAAAAUUCACUCCAGUAUGUUUUUAGUUUGUUCUGUUUUAUAAAGGGUGAAUUUUGAGGAAGCUGAUUCAAAUCCUCUGUUCAUGCUGUGACAGAAACAUUAACAGGUACUUUUUUUAGCUCGUUAAACUAUCUGCAUUAAUAUUUGUGGGCAUCAGUUUAUGGUCUCUUUUAAUUUCAACGCCUUUAUUUUAUAAAGAGGAAAGUAAGACAUACCAGCAUGGAAAUAUAACUUGCUUCAUUCAUUGUGAUUAUCUUUUUAACAAGAUUUUAACAUUUUUAUUUGGACAGACAGAACAAAAAAAAUGCAAAAUGUUUUUACUGUAACCACUGUUUUAAGUUUUUUUCGGAGGUUAUUUAUUUUAUUUUAAAUUUUGUUCCUGUGCUUUACUGAAUUCUAGGAGAUUUGUUUUUUCUUCACCAGUUAUGGAUUUAUUGAAAGUUUCCAGCCAAAUUCUCUGUAAACUUUUGAUGUUUUAGGAAAAAAUUAUGUUAUAAGAAAAACUGAUUUAUACAGACUUUUGUCAUCUUUUUAAACAUUUAAUGUUCAUUGUGAUUUGGUUUAAAUCAUGUUUUAUGCAUAUUUUGUUGAAUCAAAUGACCUAAAUGUAAUAUAGAAAAAAUAACAGUCAAAUAAACAAAUCUGUAAAAUAUUUCUCUGUUAACUCAGAAGAUAUUUGGAGCAAAAGAUUCCUCAGAUGUGAGGUGAAUUAAAGAAAAGCUUGUUGGAAA